AUAAAGGAUGCUGUCAGGGCCCUGACCUGGAGCCAGAUGCCAUCCAGCUGCUUCCAGAGCAUGGGGAAGCUCUUCAACAAUGACUUGAUGGACACUGUGGUUGCCCUUGAAGCCUUAACCUUGUAUGGCCUCAAGACCUACAGCAAAGAGGCCCUGACCUCCAUGCUUCCAUCUCCUCUGAGGGCUUCAGCCAUGAGAUCCAGUUGAACAACACCAACCAGCUUCUGCUGAGACGGCGCAGCUUCCAGACAUCCCCAGCAGCUACACAGUGCAGGCUCAGGGCCAGGGGUGCCUGUUCCUCCAGUUAUGGAGAGGGAUGAUGGCAGGAGAAUGCCUACAAAGAGAAGCAGAUCUCUCUGUCGGGCUCCCAAAGGCCAAGCUGGAAUCCGUCUGCUCCGUGGAUCACAGGAUGAUGUUACUCUCUUCUAUCUCUGGGCUCUUGCUGCAGCAACACUGGGCACUGUGUCCACCAGCCUGGUGCUCAUCGAGGCGAAGAUGCUGUCUGGCUACAACCCUGUGACAGAGUCCUUGGAAGAGUUAAAUAAAAUGCCUGCGGUGAAGAAAAUUGAAAGAGAAGUCGAGCAGGUCACCCUCUACUUGGAUGAGCUGACUUGGGAUUCUCAGUACCAUACCCUUGUGAUGCAGCAAGACAUCCAAGUGAAGGACCUGAAGCCUGCUAAUGUGAAGGUCUAUGAUUACUACAUGUCGGAAGAAAAUGCUGUGACAGACUACGGUGCCCCCUGCCUGUGA